CCCCUGCUCCUGGCCCAGCCCGCAGCCCCCAGGCGGCCUAGGGAACCGGAACCUGCUUUUAUCCAGACCACCAUUGGCGCUUCCGAGGCCUUCGUUUCCCUGUGUGGAGAAAGCAGCAAGGGCAGGCCCAGGAGACGAUGGAGCCAGAGGCCCUCUACAACCUGCUGCAGCUCCCCAAGGCGGUCCUGCCAUCGGAGGAGGAGCUCCUUCAAGGAGAAAAGAAGAAAUACCUGCCGCCCACUUCCCGGAAGGACCCCAAGUUUGAAGAAUUACAAAAGGUGUUGAUGGAGUGGAUCAACGCCACGCUCCUCCCCGAGCACAUUGUGGUGCGCAGCCUGGAGGAGGACAUGUUCGACGGGCUCAUCCUGCACCACCUGUUCCAGAAGCUGGCAGCACUCAAGCUGGAAGUGGAGGACAUUGCCUUGACCGCCGCCAGCCAGAGGCGCAAGCUUGAAGUGGUGCUGGAGUCCGUGAACCGAAGUUUGCAACUGGAGGAGCCACAGGCCAAAUGGAGUGUGGACGCCAUCUUCAAGAAGGACCUGCUGGCCACUGUGCACCUUCUUGUGGCCCUGGCCAAGCGCUUCCAGCCCGAAUUGCCCCUCCCAAACAACGUCCAGGUGGAGGUCAUCACUAUCGAGAGCACCAAGAAUGGUCUGAAAUCGGAGAAGCUGGUGGAGCAGCUCACUGAAUGCAGCACAGACAAGGACCAACCCUCAAAGGACAUCUUUGAUGAAUUAUUCAAGCUGGCCCCAGAGAAAGUGAACGCAGUAAAAGAGGCCAUCGUGAACUUUGUCAACCAGAAGCUGGACCGCCUGGGCCUGUCCGUGCAGAAUCUGGACACGCAGUUCGCAGAUGGAGUCAUCUUACUUUUGCUGAUUGGACAACUGCAAGGCUUCUUCCUGCACUUGAAGGAAUUCUACCUCACUCCCAGCUCUCCUGCAGAAAUGCUGCACAACGUGACCCUGGCCCUGGAGCUGCUGAAGGACGAAGGUCUACUCAGCUACCCUGUCAGCCCCGAGGACAUUGUGAACAAGGACGCCCGGAGCACCCUGCGUGUGCUGUAUGGCCUGUUCUGCAGGCACAAGCUGAGAGUAAACACGGACGGGACACCCUGGGGAGGCACAGACUAACCCACGCAGCCCCUCAAAAGCUCGUGCGCCUACCUGCUGGCCCAGCUGGAUGGCUGGGGGACACUACCUGCUGCCCCCCUGCAUCUGCGACUUGUCCCCUUCCUGCCUGUGUCUCCUGGCUCCAUCGUCUGAGUAUCUCAGGUGGGGAUCCAUUUGGAGUCAACAUUUGUCCUUGUUCAAUUUGUUUAAAUAAAAGUAUUUCUGGGAGGGUC